UGCUGCCACUGCUGAACUGCUGAUGCUAGUAGCUCUCUCUGCCAGUGAUGUCUCCAUUCUGGUGGAUACAUGGUACACUUCCCCACAUCACAGUGAUGGUGGAUGAUGUAACACCAGCCACACUCACAGAAGAGGGACCAGCAGAUGGAGCUGAAAAUGAAACUGAGAUGUUGUAGGUAGUGACUGGAACACCAGAUGCAGGGAUCCAUGAUAAAGAUAUGAUGGUAGCAUCUGGUCUAACAGCAGGCAAAAAG